CGCGAUGCUCAAUAAGAAAUCAGUGCCCACGUAUGGCGCGACGACGUCCGGCGCUGCGCUCGUCAAGCAAGCGCAGCACGCCCACCAGGCCCUCGACGUCGACGCUUCCCGCGCCGUGCACCUCGCCAAGGCCGGCCACGCCAGCGAGGCCCAUCUGGACAACGGCGGCCACAUCAAGAGCGCAGUUUACGGCGGCCUUGAUGGCAUCAUCACGACGUUUGCAACUGUGACAUCGGUCGCUGGCUCGGGCCUUCCGCACGCUGUGAUUCUGAUCCUCGGGCUCGCGCACCUUAUCGCGGAUGGCCUCUCGAUGGGCAUGGGCGACCUCCUUAGCACACAAGCGGAGAUCGAUCUUGUCAACCAUGAGCGGUCGCGCGAGCUCUGGGAGAUGGACAACUUUCCUGAAGGCGAGAAGGCCGAGAUGGUUGAGCUCUACGAGCGCAAAGGCAUUUCGUCCAAGGACGCCAAGCUCGUUGUCGACACGCUCUCCAAGUACAAGGAGGCGUUUGUCGACAUCAUGAUGGUCGAGGAGCUUCAUUUGAUGCCAGUCGAUGAAGACGACGAUCCGCUCAUGGGCGGUCUUGUGACGUUUGGGUCGUUCGUGCUCUUUGGCUCGGUGCCGCUACUGUCUUACCUCGUCAACUUGAUCCCAGGCAUCACGCUCACGAGCGAAGCAGCGCUGUGGGGCUCGAGCGCGCUCACGGUCCUGACGCUCUUCCUGCUGGGCGCGGUCAAGGGCCAGUACGUCGGCCAGAAGUGGUACCUCUCGGGCAUGUACAUGGCCAUCAACGGCACCGUCGCCGCCGGCAUGGGCUGGGUCAUCGGCUACCUCCUCGCGCUCACCGGCGUCCAGUUUCUCACAUUUGGCUAA